AUCAAUCCUGCCAACAACUCAUUGGGGUCCAAACAUUAACAUCAACUACACGUCAUAGGGAUUUUAAAAGGUAUUCUCAAAUCAUGACUUUCUCCAUCCCAAAGCUUUUUCAUUUUUAUCCACCAAAGAUCAAUUGAAGACCCAAUCCAAAGUUUCCGAGGCAGUUUCGUUGCUCAGGAGAAAAAAUGACCCACUCAAUUGGCCCUGUUGCUCAAAUUUGGUCGGGUCAAAAUGUUCAUCCGGGCUCGAAAAGUGAUUGGCGAAAAUUGCUUCAAUUUCCCAAGCUUUGUCCAUGAAUUAUUCGAGUGGUCCAAAGUCAGUCAGUCGCUUGGUGGCAAAUAUGCUUCCAAUCAUGAAUUGCGCCCAAACAGCGCCAUUCAUCUGGGUCGCCCCUUCAGUAGUUUGAAGUGAUUGAAACAGUCCAUCUGAGAGUCUCCAAGAUCGAGAGCGAACGGGGUCUACAAGACACCCGGGACAAACCGGAUAAAAGUGGAUGGACUUUAGACGGAGGAAAUUCAGCAUUCGGAGAUCUCUCGCUCAACUGUGCUUUAUAGUAGAAGACAAGCUGGAGCGUGGCGUCUUACCUUGAGGUACGCCACCAUAGUGAGAAGAACCGUACGUGCUUGUGGGGCUUUUAUGGAGCAGACUCAGCCACCUAUUCACUAUCAUUCAUCCAUUGAAGCUGCAAACACACACACACACGUACACACACACGCACACGCACACACACACACAAUACUGAGCAGUGAAUGUGUGUGAUCAGAAGCCCAGGUUGAAAUUCCACAUCUCGCCUCGACUGAAUACUCUUUGGACGAGGAGACCGAGCUAGCCGAGCUUGGGAGGGGGGAUUGAAGCUGGUAGAUCCAUGUGUUACGAGCCCCUCUUUUCAAACAUCCACAAAGAAGUCAGUGUGGACGCAAAAAUUCUUUCUCGUCUGGAGUGAACUGGUUGAGGCGUACCCUUCCGUGGAUCAGAGAGCGGAGAGGAAGAGAAGGAGGCCAGAGACGCCAGCCAACCCCACUUCGUCUUUCCCUGCGCCCGUCCUCCUCGUUAGAUUUGGAGGACUAUGGCCAAGUUCUAGUCCCGACUCGCGAUCCGAAAACUACCACCUAGAAGCACCACUAGACGGUGUAGAACUUCAGCUCACGCUAUUUGGAGAAGCGGAUUCGAGGAGCUUGCUUGGAGGAGAGCAACGCCGUCUUCCCCACUGUUUCGGACGAGGUUGAUCCGCGACGCGUUCCUGGGGAUCUAACAAAGGGCCAGAGGCGCUACGAAUCAGUCCGUGCCAUGGCCAGUUUGGAUACGGCUAUACGUUUGGUUACACAGGCAGUGCAUCAAGACACUGCGAAGAACUUUGAAGAGGCUGCUCGGUGUUACAGAGAGGCCAUUCUGGUCUUCAAGACCAUUGCCCGAAGCAACAGUGUCACUCAGAACGUGAGACGGGCCAUUCACGAAAAGUGCGACUUGUACGAAGGUCGGCUUCGGUACUUGGAGCGGCACCUCUUCUACAAGGCUGAUCUGACACAGCUCUUCCGAAAUUGUGUUCCACGCGAGCUCGCAACAGGCUCGGAUCGUCGAGCUUAUCAUCGUCAUUCGCAAUCGGUCUCUCGAUCAUCCAGUGUGCUGAGUGUUUGUGAUCUUCAAUCUCCGAGUGUUCACGGGGACGAGGAUCUGAAAAGAAAUCCGUUUCUCCGAGAAGGUCUCUCCUCCAUCGAAAGGGGUAAAAACGAAGAUCUGAAGACACAUUUCCCUGAAGCUCUUUACUUCUACGAACAAGGAGCCGGGCUUUUGUUGCACGCUUUACGCAAAGGCAAAGCCAAAACUCCGAAUCAAGCUCAAGCCGUGAGAACCAAGUGUCUAGUGCUUCACGAACGUUGUGAUAUCAUUCGGCAGCACCUCGAGUGUGGUGAUCCAAUCAGUCUUUUGCGACAUCCCACUCAGUCCCUGGAUUCUUUUCUCGGAGGAACUCCAGUGUGUGAAAGUCCCAUUCCUCGUUUUGAGGAGGACCAAGUCCUUCUUAUGGAAGAGGUUCACAGCAUGGCUGGCAGCACACAUUCACUCUAUCCCACAUGUGUGGAGAUCAAACGCAGUCCCAGCGUAAUCAGUGGUCACUCAGACGUAGCCUUGAGCAGCAACCCACAUUUGGUGAUCUUCGAGAACGAAGAGAUGGAACACAAGCCGCUCAUUCCCUUGGCAGAUUUGAAAGACGAAUUGCAAUUAUCGGCUCUGAGCAUCCACAGUAAUUCGAAGGCCAUGGCGGGUGGCCCAUUGAGCGACAAACAAAGGAGCUACAAUAGUUCUACUCAUUGUUCCUUGGACAAUAUCUUCUCCUCAUGUUCAGUGUCGCCGUCUCUGAGAAGUGCUAGCUCCUCUGGGCGUGCCUCAUGCAUUGAACUCUCUCGAGAAACCGAGCAUCUUCUAAGAGCCGGCGAUGAUGACGACGAUGACGACGGGGACGACGACGACACCGAUUUCCCAGCCUUCUCGGUGGAGCGCGAUCGAAACAUCUCUGAGUUGACCUGCAUGAACGCCGAGCUCAAUCUCAACGAGAACGUGAUCAAAGCCUUCAGCGACUCAGGCUCAGACUCCGGUUACUCUGAUCCCCGCCCCGACAGCGCAACAAUGCAAGCCAAGAGCCCCACUCUAUACUUGGGCGGCAAACAAUCCCCUGCUUUGGACAGGCAGUCUCCGCUCUCGGAUAUCGACAGCCUUGACAUCGUGCCCUCCCUCCCUUUGGCCACACCCUCUCCUGAACCUGUACAAAGCAAAUCCAGUUCUCCCACGCCUUCGUCGGGGUCACGAAGGAGUUGGCGGAGUAGGGAUUCUCGGGGAAGCGGAAGUAGUAUCCGCCUGCCCAAGGGCGAAGAAAAGGUCACGGUACUCUCCGAAGAGACCGUCGUUGAAGGGCGACUCAUGGCGCCCAAGAACGAGGUGUACGCCAAGGCCAGGCCCGCCAACGUCCGGGAGGAGUUCGUCCCGACCAGGGCCAUGGCUCACCAAUACCAAGACCAAGACGACACUGUUAAUAAAGGUUGCUAUUACCUCGUGGCUUGUUUGGAUUCGUUCUGGGUUCUCUAGAUCAUCUAGAUGAACUGGAGUAGCCAGGGUGCCCAGAUUCGUUUUCCAUUAUUGCUAUCUCUUUCGUGCGCCAUUGUUUGCUCUGUGAAACCAAUUGUCAAAUUUCUUUUUCAAAUUUCUAAUUGGACCAAGUUGAAUGUUAAAGAAUCCGUUAAUGUAAUGGAGAUUCCGACCCUUGGAUCGGAUUCUUCCGAGUGUUUGUACGAUCACGUGACUUUGUUUGGCACGAGUCAAAAGGACCAAGUUUCGAAACAAUUUCCAUGGAAUAUGAUGGACCACAUAUACACAACAAGCUCUUGAUUUAUACAGUAACAGCAGCCCAUGGUAACGCCCAUAUCUUCCUUCAACGGUAGCAUGAACUUUUACCCGAUCAUCGAAUAAUUUGAAAAAAAAACCCGCCCCAUUUGUUUUUGCUGUAACCACAAAUUCAACUCCAUAUCGUACCCAUAGAUGACUAUUUUUCCACUUUUUUACCCACGUUUGUAAGAUUGAAAGAUAUAUCAUUCAUCGCGGUGACCAUCGCUAAAAAUCCGAAUAAAACUACAUAUAAGACACCACUCAUAAAAAAGAGAAA